CACACGGCGCCCGGUAACUCUUCACUUCAGUUGUGUGCGGCGAAUACUGUGUGGUGUUCUAAUUGAUUUCAGAUAUCACUAUUCAUUGGAUUAUCAUUAUCACCAAAGAUGUCUGAGAAACAUUUAAAAGCUGGUGACCCUCUCCCUCCAUACAAUGGAAAGCUCCGUCUGUUCGCCAUGAGGUUCUGUCCGUAUGCCGAGCGCAGUGUGCUGGUACUCAAUGCCAAGAACCUCCAGUAUGAUCUGGUCUUUAUCAACCUGGACAGCAAGCCCGAAUGGAUCUUUGAUUUCAACCCUAAAGGUUCAGUGCCAGCAUUGGAAUACGAGCAGGGCAAAGCUAUAUUCGACAGUGCUAUCAUUAACACCUACUUAGAUGAGAAGUAUCCGGAAGUUCCACUGCAGUCUACGGACCCACUCCGCAGAGCUCAAGAUAAAGUGUUUGUGGAACUGUUCUUGGGGGCACACUCAUCCUUCUACGUCGCUGCAUUCAACCCGGACGGUUUCCAGCCCUCCCACUUAGAAGCCUACAGCAAAGGCCUGGAAUGCCUGGACAAGGAACUAAAAGUCCGUGGAACCAAGUUCCUGCACAGCGACGAGCCGGGACUGGUCGACUACACUAUCUGGCCGCAUCUGGAGCGCUUCGAGUCUCUGCCGCUCCUCGGGAAGGCUGACAUGGCUAUUGACAGCACUAAGUAUCCGCAUGUGGUAAGCUACUUGGAGGCGAUGAAGCAAGUGCCGGCCGUGAAGCAAUACUACCUGUCUGCCGAGACUCACGCCAAGUUCGUGGAGUCCAAGACCAAGGGCGAGGCCAACUACAACAUGCUCGACACCAGCGAUGUGUGCUGCAUGCGUCCUAGGAAGAAGAAUUAUCAACAUGGCAAAAGCGAGAUACUAGCUAAACCUGCUAUUUUGGCCGAUAUUACAUUAUCAAAGAUAAACCGGUUACAAGUGGACGUGGUUUUGUUUAUAAUGCACACACUGGCAUUGGCGUCUUGGAGGGUACUAGUGCCGGUAGUUCAGAAUUUAAAGUACGUGUUACCAUUAUACCGCGCUAUGGCAGGAGCAGCUAAGAUUAACUUUGACACGAGACAUCUGAAAAAAGGCGAUCCCCUGCCCCCGUACAAUGGAAAGCUUCGGAUCUACAACAUGCGUUAUUGUCCGUACGCACACCGCACGAUUCUCGUCCUCAACGCCAAGCAGAUCGACUACGAAGUUGUCAACAUUGACCUGAUGGACAAACCCGAAUGGCUCACCAGCAAAAGCCUUUUUGGGAAGGUGCCUGCAAUCGAAAUCGUAGAUGGCGUUUGUAUCGCCGAGAGCCUGGUCACGUCGGAGUAUUUAGACGAGGUGUACCCGCAGCGGCCGUUGCUGCCCAAAGACCCGUUAAAGAAGGCGCUUGCUAAGAUCAUCGUCGAAGGAUCGGGCCCAAUACAAACAAUGCUAUUCAAAAUCUUGAGAACCCCAGACCAAGUCACGGAAGAGAACAUAGCUGCUUACAGGAAGUUCUUGAGCUUUAUCCAAGACGAACUAAAGAAGAGCGGAGGCAAGUUUCUUGGAGGAUCCGAACCAGGAUACGCGGACUAUAUGAUCUGGCCUUGGUUCGAGAGGAUGGUGCCGAUAUCAGAGCUGUAUGAUACAGUGAAGAUAGACGAGAAUGAAUACAAAUUACUUUGGGAAUACAUUAACAACAUGUUCAAGGACCCCGCUGUGAGCCAGUACUUGGUGCCGAAGGAGAUUCUUUUUAAGUUCAUUGAACCCUACAGAACUGGAGGAAAACCUGAUUAUAAUCUCCUUACUGUGGAGUAA